AUGUGCAGUGUCGAGAAGCGUGACAAUCUAUGGAUCCUAACAAUCACCGGCGACGAUCAAAACCGCCUCAAUCCAACCCUAAUCGACUCCCUUCUCUCAACCCUAACAAAUCUUACUUCUCAAUACACUCCUGGUUCCGUCCUCAUCACCACCGGCAAAGGAAAAUUCUUCUCCAACGGCUUCGACUUGCCAUGGGCUCGCGCCGCCGGUUCCAAAACCGCCGCAGCGCUUCGCCUUCAAUCCAUGGUAGACUCUCUCAAACCCGUCGCCGCCGCGCUGAUAUCGCUCCCCAUCCCGACCGUCGCCGCCAUCAACGGCCACGCCUCUGCCGCCGGGUUCCUGCUCGCGAUGUGUCAUGAUUAUGUUUUCAUGAGGAGUGACAGAGGCGUGUUGUACAUGCCGGAGGUGGAUCUCGGGCUGCCGUUGCCGGAUUAUUUUACUGCCGUGAUGAAGGAGAAGAUCAAAUCGCCGGCGGUGCUGCGUGAUGUGUUGUUGGCCGGCGUGAAGAUCAAGGGGAAAGAUGCUGUUAAGAUGGGGAUUGUGGACUCGGCGCAUGAUAGUGCGGAGACUACGGUAGAGGCUGCUGUGCGCCUGGGGGAACAGUUGGCAGAGAAGAAAUGGGUUGGUGAAGUGUAUGCAGAGAUAAGGAAGAGUUUGUAUCCUGAUGCGUGUAAGGUUUUGGGUUUGACUCCGAAACCACUAGUAUCUAAGAUUUGA